CUCUUCUGGCUGCUUUUCCCUGCUUCUGGAGCAGCAGUUAUGGUAGAAGCAGAUGGCUACUGAUUGGGGGCUUCCACCUCCGGCAGCUGCAGCGGCGAGGAGCGGGCGCUGUCCGAUCAGAACCAGGCUGCUCCCGGGGAUGGAGGACGCCGCGGUGGCACGGGGCAUUUGGGACGGAGAUGCCAAGACGGUCCAGCAGUGCUUGACUGACAUAUUCACCAGCGUCUACACCACCUGCGACAUCCCGGAAAAUGCCAUCUUCGGGCCCUGCGUGCUGAGCCACACUUCCCUGUACGACAGCAUCGCCUUCAUCGCACUCAAGUCCACGGACAAGAGGACGGUGCCGUACAUAUUCCGGGUGGACACUUCGGCGGCGAACGGUUCCUCGGAAGGGCUCAUGUGGCUCCGGCUGGUGCAGUCGGCCCGCGACAAGGAGGAGCAGAACCUGGAAGCCUACAUCAAAAAUGGACAGUUGUUUUACCGCUCCCUGCGGAGGAUUGCCAAAGACGAGGAGUUACUAGUGUGGUACGGGAAGGAGCUGACGGAGCUGCUGCUGCUCAGCACCGCCAGGCACAGCAAGAUGAACGGCUCGACACCGUACAGCUGCGCGGAGUGCGGCCAGCGCUUCCAGUUCGAACCUGGACGCGGAGAGAAGUAUGGAGCUCCCUCUUCCGCCCAGCAGCAGUAUCCUGAGGCCAAGCCUCUUCUCCAAGAAAACGGUAGCGAGCCGGGGCAGACCUCCCCGCAGUACAUAACGCCCGGGCGCCUAGACAUCCUCAUUAAAAAGUCCGAUCUGAGCAGCGACGCCCCCGUAACGGGCAAGACAAAGGUGCUGGAGCUGGAGAUCUCCUAUGCAGGUUGA